AUGCCACUACUUAUAAUGUUCACGAUGCUAUCGUUCCGUGAUCAUCUCUAUUUUUGUUCGGAAAUUAUUGUUUGGAGUAAACGGCCAAGGGCACGAAUCACCAUCAAGCAAGAGGUGCACGAGAAGGCCGAUCUCUCCUGGUUGGCACACUUCCUAUCGCCUAAGAAGUCGUUCAUUUCAGGGUGUUACUCCACUCAGGUUGAUUGCCAAGAUACAGUAACCAUCUUGAGUGAACAGCUGCGAUGGUGGGUGCUGCUGGAAGAUUGUGCCAGCGGGCCAGCAACGGGCAGUGCGUAUGCCCCUCGGCCGGGUCUGCACGAAGGAUUGCAAUAUAGGAGGAUCGACAGAGCGACGGGAGAAGAGUUAUCCCCACAAAUCAAGGGAGUUGAUUUACAUCUUGGCAAACUUUGUCGGGGGAUGGCUACAAAUGUGGUUUGUGGUGUUGUUGUGCGGGUUCGGGGAGAAGAGCGUGACAUGAUCUUAAAAGACCCCUGGAUGUCUGCAAGCCGACGAGGUAAUGGAGGCAGUCGGGGGAAAAUGACAGGAGGGGGAAUCUCCGCCGACCUCGGCUUCAGCUGCCCCGGGCGGUGUCCAGAGCCGGACCAAUCCUGUGAUUGCGGGUGGUUCCUCCGACUUUCGCUCGCCGUGUCGGUGCCGAUAUUCCCUUCUCAUCACCACUUAAUGACUCAAUAUCCUCACCCCGAGUCCGGCUCUAUUCGGCCUCACACUGAUUCCAUUGCCCUCCAAUCAGUGCUCUGGGAUGCCGCGCAUUCUUGCUGGCUGGCGGCCCCGCUUUCAAUCUUGUUUACUUUACCAUGGUGGAUCCGCGUUGGUUCUUUGCUUGGUCUCGGGGCUGGUGUUUAUCAGCCGAACACGAGUUUUCAUGUUGGUCAAAGAUCAGGAGCUCCGCUUGUCAGGCUGAAAUCCCCAGUCCCCGCAUUCUACAUCUUUGAAGUUUGGGGUGAUGCCAAAACCUGCGAUGGAUUGCGGGAUUUCAGGGAAUUGGUCCCUUACUGA